UAAGAUCCUUCAUAAUGAAACAUGCACUUUAGCAUCAAACAUAGUUUGCAAACCUGGUGUUUUGCUUUCUUUACUGCCAAAACAUAAACAUUUUUUACUUUCGGAGUUCUCCCGAACACUUCAAUCCCACCAUGGCUUCUUCUGCCAUGGGAGACAACGGUGGGCGCGGUAACGGUGGCGGAGACGAAAGGGCCAAGUACUUAGGAUUCAGUAGUAUUGCUCCUGAUCCAUAUUCUCCCUCCACCGGCGGCGAAGCCGACGACGAAAACGAAAAGGAAAAGGAGAGAAUAAGCUUCCCAGCUGGUUCCCCCAAACACUUCAAAAAAUCAACCAGUGUCACUACUACUACUACUGCCUCAGUUGAAAACUACAAUAUCGAAAUGGCCCAAGUCUACGACAACGUCAACGACGACAUCGAGAAAAACGGCUUCGUGGAAAGGUCACGAUGGGUUCUCAACGCACCUGAACCACCGGGGCUAUUCCGUGAGGUGGUAGAUUCGGUGAGGGACACCAUUGGUUCAUUGAGAAACAAGUACUACAAGUCUCUCCAAAGCCAGAGUUUCAUCAAACGCAUGGUCCUUCUUCACCAAAACAUAUUUCCUAUUCUGGUAUGGGGUCGAAGUUACAGCUCAGCCAAGUUCAAGAAUGAUUUAAUGGCUGGUUUGACCAUUGCAAGCCUCUGUAUUCCCCAGAGUAUUGGAUAUGCAACUUUAGCAAAGCUUGAUCCUCAAUAUGGCCUUUAUACAAGUGUUGUACCACCACUUAUCUAUGCUGUAAUGGGGACUUCGAGAGACAUAGCGAUUGGACCAGUGGCUGUGGUAUCACUACUUUUGCCUUCAAUGAUUCAGAAACUAGUAGACCCCGGGACUGAUCCAAUUACUUAUAGAAACUUUGUCUUGACUGCAACUUUCUUCUCUGGAAUCUUUCAAGGAGCCUUUGGUUUCUUCAGGUUGGGAUUUCUGGUGGAUUUUCUUUCCCAUGCUGCAAUAGUGGGCUUUAUGGCUGGUGCAGCCAUCAUUAUUGGGCUUCAACAACUGAAAGGGCUACUUGGGAUCACUCACUUUACUAAUAAAACUGAUAUUAUCUCUGUCAGUAAAGCUGUUUGGAAUUCAAUUCACCAUCCUUGGAGUCCUUAUAAUUUCAUUAUUGGUAGCUCAUUCCUGGGUUUCAUUUUUUUUACUAGAUUUCUGGGUAAAAAGAACAAGAAACUUUUUUGGUUGCCGGCGGCUAUUGCACCUUUGUUGUCAGUUAUACUAUCCACUCUAAUUGUAUAUCUAGUAAAAGCUGAUAAGAAUGGAGUUAAGAUUGUGAAACAUAUAAAAGGAGGCUUGAAUCCUAGCUCUGUUCAUCUAUUACAGCUUCACAGCCCCUUUGUUUGGGAAGUGGCCAAAAUUGGACUCAUUGUCGCCGUUGUCGCAUUAACGGAAGCAAUUGCAGUGGGUCGGUCUUUCGCAACAAUGAAAGGGUACCACCUUGAUGGAAACAAAGAGAUGGUAGCAAUGGGAUUCAUGAACAUAAUUGGAUCAUUAACUUCUUGUUAUGUGGCAACUGGUUCAUUUUCUCGGACUGCUGUGAAUUUCAGUGCGGGCUGUGAAACCCUGGUAUCAAAUAUAGUGAUGGCCAUUACAGUUCUGAUAUCGCUGCAAUUUCUGACGAAGCUGCUGUAUUACACUCCCACAGCUAUACUUGCUUCCAUAAUUCUCUCAGCUCUGCCUGGACUCAUCAACCUCAACGCAGCCUACCAUAUUUGGAAGCUUGAUAAGCUUGACUUUUUGGCUUGCAUUGGAGCCUUUAUUGGGGUUCUCUUUGCUUCUGUUGAGAUCGGUCUUACAAUUGCGGUGACAAUAUCGUUUGUGAAGAUAAUUCUGAUAUCGAUAAGACCGGGCAUGGAAACUCUAGGAAAACUUCCGGGAACUGAAAUCUUUUGCGAUAUUCAGCAAUAUCCGAUGGCCAUUCAAAUUCCUGGAACAAUGAUUAUUCGAAUCAAGCCUGCCUUGCUUUGUUUUGCAAAUGCCAACUUCGUAAGAGAAAGGAUUAUGGACUGGAUAUCGGAGGACAUUGAAGAAAAUAACAAAAGGACCAUUCAAGUUCUCAUUCUUGACAUGUCUAAUUUGCUGAACAUUGAUACAUCAGGAAUAGCUUGUCUUGACGAUAUGCAUAAAAGUUUGACCACACAAGGAAUCGAGAUAGCUAUUGCCAAUCCUAGAUGGCAAGUGAUUCACAAACUAAAGCUAGCCGAGUUUGUGAGUAAAAUAGAAGGAAGGGUCUUCUUGACUGUGGGAGAAGCUGUUAUGAAUUAUGCAACUGCAAAAAUUCCUGUCCGUACCACUGCUUAAUUGUCCUAAUUUGAUAGUUUUUUUUUUCUUGGUGUUGAUCGCUCUCUGUGUGUGGUCCGGAAUCUACCUCUCCACUUCACUUGUAAUGCACUUAAAAAAUAAAAUAAGGAAAGGUACUUUUACGCACAGUUUGCUCUGUCAGAAUAUUGUAAUAAAUAAUGAAGUGUAAUGUAAUGUAAAAUAUUAACAAUAUUUACCCUCUCUUAAUUUAUGCGUGUAGAUAUUAGUUGAACUUGCA